CACUUCCCAAAAUGCACGUAGCACGGAAACGCCGCCAGCCGCUCCAGAGCUCAGCUCAAUGAACAAAGUGAAUCAUAGCCGCGAGCUCCUGCAGCGCUACGGGAGGGCAGAGCACAUCACUGCACGCUGGGGCGGAAAAGAUGGAAAAAUAAGGUAUAACAUGUCUGAUAAACACAGACCCCAUACCUUCCAGCCUGGAUCUCAGGGUGGAGUAUUUACUACAGACAUGCUCCAUUAGCGACAGACAUCUGUGUCACUAUGGAGACCGCCACAGGAAGUGAGGUUGUUGGUGCAAUAGGGGGUCCACUGUCAGACUCUGUUUCCCAUGACACCCCUCAACCUCAGUCACCCCCUUCUGUGAAAAUAAGGAAGACGGCUUUCAAGUUUUUUGGAGGUCGGAAGAGCAUCUGUGUUCUGCCCAGCUUUUUCGGUGGCCGAGGCAGAAGUCAAAGUAAGGGUUCAUCAAAAACAGGUGUUACAAAGAGCCAAACAUAUGAUGGGGUGAGCCGAGCAUGCUGGGAAAAUUUGGGCAGAGGAAGCAGUGAAGUGGCCUCAGGGGACUUUGAGUUUUGCACCUCCAGUGACCCUCAGAAAUCACAGGAGGAUCAUGGGAAGUCUCAGUCUCUACCCAGACAGCGCAGAGGUCUUCGGGGUCUUUUCAGCAGCAUUCGGAGACACAGGAAAAACAGAAAUGUUGAACAAGAAAAGCGGGAGGCACUUGAAAUGUCUUCAAGCUUCCACGUCGAAACAGUGCCUGGUGCCCUGUCGAGCGUCAGUGACCGUAGCGAUAACCAAGGCGACAGUCAGGGUGAAGAGUUGGUACCAGUUGUGCCUAAUCAAACCGCAGGCAGUGAGCAUGAACUGCCAUUGGCUGCCACUGAAUGUAAGAAAGUUGUAACGCUAGUGCCUGAGAAAAGGAGGAGCAGAGUGGAGGUGGAUAAGAGGAAGAGCGCAAAAGAAGAGGAGAAUAAGGAGGAGGAGAUACAAAAUGAGAGUCGGGAAGGACUGACGACAUAUCAUCAGCCCUUGUGUGCCAAAUCAGAACUGGACCGCUUGGCCGAGCAGAAUGUGGAGAUUCCUGAUGGGGAGCCUCCUGCUGUGUCCUGCUCCUCUGAAAACUUAGUCUUUGGUGAUGUUUCCUCAUUGAAAAGCUUUGAUUCCCUGACAGGUUGCGGAGACAUCAUUGCAGACCAGGAUGAUGUCAGUGUCGCUGAGAGCUCAGUGUCUGCCGAGAGAGGCAGCCGAAAUGCAGGAAAACGGAGCUCGUGUUUUGUCACAUAUCAAGGUGGAGGGGAAGAGAUGGCAACUCCCGAUGAGAUAGAUGCAGAUUACUUGCAGAGCUUAUGGGAGUCUGAAACUAGUAAUGAAGUCUGCUAUAUACCUUCAGACAGGGGCUCAGAUAGCCCUUCGCUCACUCCCGAUCAGCAAAUCAGCUCCAUCCAUGUUACUUCCGACAGCACCCUGCUGGGAAUCACAGAAACAGCCCUCACUCCUGUUGAUCUCUUAAGCCCACAGAGUGAUCGACAGGAGUCGGUACCCAACAGCGAUGAGGGAUACUAUGACUCCACCACGCCAGGUAUGGAGGAGGAGAGCAGAGAACAUCCACACCAGGAAAGGCUUCCACGGGAUAGCUACAGUGGUGAUGCCCUUUAUGAACUUUUUGAGCCUGACGAUCGCCUGCUCAGCCCUGCUCUUCCUCCCAAGGAUGCCCAUUCAUUUGUUGGUGCAGCCCUGCAGGGUGAUAAGAGUCCAACAAACCCUCUGUACGCCCUGGCCUCCUCUGCCCUAGAGACAGGAGCCAUGGAGACGGAGGAAGAGCGUCUGAAUAAGAUCCAGCAUGCCAUUCUGUGCUGUGAGCUCCAGAAUCUCAGAAGCCCAUCCAAAGAUCAGCUUCUGUUCCAUGCCGACUGCUUCUACGAUGACUUGACCCUUUCCACAGGCAACGGUAAGAUGAUUUUGGAAGAUAUUAUCAAUCAGCGCUAUCCCCAAUCACCAUCAAGAUCCCAAGCUGUAAAAGAGCCGGUCCCUCUCAGCAUGGGCCAAAUCCAAGAGACUCGUGCCGAUACAGGUUUUAGUCCACAUGACACUGAGACGACCAGACAGCAGCCUCAAUCUGAGGAUCAGAGCCCAUUAAUACCCACCAGAGGCUGCAGCCAAUCCCAAGAAGAGCUGAUGGUCUGUUUCUCCCAGGCGCUUGUAGAUUUCACAAAGAACACCCGGCUUUACCGCAACUCAACUGAGAGUCUAGAUGGCUCAGAGUCGAGUUCUCCUUUUGGACCAAGUCUGAGCGCCCUGCCCGCCAUUGUCACAUUUGAUGUGGUUGACAUGGACAAUGAGGGUGAAUGUGAGCAGCAGACUGAGCUUGUUGAGGAGGGAGAGCAAGAGUUGGCAUCUCCUUACGAACCCUUCGAAGAUGAUGGAUGUUACCUUCAGCAAGACGCUUUUGCUGAGUGUGACCAGCGUACUUUCGAUGCCUACGAACAAAGUCUAUUGCUAAGUAAUGCUUGGGGCAUUGCAAGCCUUCCUCGCCACCUCAGUUUGGGUCGACCUUGUCCACCUGUCCCUGCCCCAUUAGCUCUAAAUCGUCGGAGUCGCUCUCUUGACACGGACAGUCUGGAGUUUCAGACAAGUGAUCUUUACACGGCUAUUACCAACUAUGACUUAAAGGGGUCUGCGUUUUCACAGCGUAGGACUGCUGAUUGUAGAGAUAUGGUAUUACCGCAACAACCCUGCAGGGUUAUGGUUGAUAGUUGGAGGUGGGGCUAUGGGCGGGGUUUUGACUCCUCCAAAUCUUCUCAGCAAGAACCGAAUUUGCCACAUGUGGGCCAAUCAACUGUAAGACCUUCACAUCUCCCUCUAAAGAAAAACGGCAGUAAUCGUAACCUCCCUGGUGCCACUAGAGCCGAUGGUGAUGGGGAGAUUUUGUUCGGGGGAGGCGAUGUGCUUUAUCCCUGCAGUUACCCCCCUACGGGCAUGCAGUGGAAGAAUCGACCAGUCGGGAUCACUCAGGGUGUGCCCCAUGUUCGCUCUGAGCAAUUAGAAGACCAUCGAGAAAUUCCCAUAAAGAACCGGAAGGGGCAACUCGAGGGUUGCUUCACCCCUGCACCACCCAAAUUAUAAACAAUCUCUCCCACUCAAAAUAAAACAAUAAUACAAAUAGACAAGUCUCGUCACCAAAGACGAUGCUGGAUGUUUACUGACACUCUUGAAUUGUAUCACACUCACACACACUGUAGUUGCUGUUACUGCCGGAUAAGCUAUUGUAUUCUUUUGUGAUGUACUGUGUAGUUUUUGAGCUAUGUUUUAGUUUCUGUGAGUUUAAGAGGAUGUGUAUUUGUACCUGGAUUUGUUACAGCAUUAUUCAACAGGUGCUGUCUAUAUAUAGAUGCCAUAAUGCUUUGCAUUUAUGUAGCCUGGUAAUGCCAUUGAAAUUGAUUAAUUUUGUUUGGAUGUUUUGAAUAUGUUUUAAUUAUAUUUGCAAAAAGACAGCAAUGCCAUAAAUGACUUAUUUUAGCAUAAGAAUGGAAACCUUCAUUAGCACAUUGAAACCAAUAUCAUCUUGUUCAAGUAUCAAACUUUGUUUGAACAAAUACUUUUUUUAAUACAACACUGUUUUGAAUUUGAAAAUAUGCUGUAUGUUUCAGGGUUUUAAUGUUGACACCUUGGAACGUUUUAAACAUCUUGUUUAGCUUGUCACACAUUUGUUUUAUAUGGCCAUUUUUGUUUUUGGCAUAGCACACACUACAUUCAUAGGAAAAAUGCCUGUUAACUCAGUGGCAUUUUGGCCAACAUUCCUGUUACACUUCUGUACAUUAUUCACUGAAGACUUAAGGAUGUGAGUGUAGAAUCUGGUUUAUUUCCUUUUUUGCUGCUAAUAAGUAUGGGAUUGUUUAGGAUCACAUAAUUUACUGUAUUAACUGUAUGGAUAUCAGAAUAUCUGCGUAUUCUCUGCAUACAUUCAGCUCAGAUCUGGCCUAAAGUCUUCAGUAAAUAUGAUCAAUAUAGUUGAUAAUCAAAGGGUACUAUCUUGAGUCAUUUGAGACUGAAUGUCAGUAAAGCCUUUAAUGAAGUUAUGUGAAUGUUCUGUGCUGUUGUACUACAGUCUCAAUCUACCGCCAUCAGAAUGCCAAAGUCAGCUUAAUGCACUUACCAUUUUUAACCAGUGCUUAUAUUCAUCUCUUAAGAAUGAAUCAAUCUUUCUGUUUCCCUGCAGAUGAAUCUAUGCUGUUCUAUAAUUAAUGCUUUGUUCUUUUUUCUUGCACUUGGUACAUUUAUGUGAUUGAAAAUGAUUGUGCAUAGCAUACACCAUUUUUUUUAGCAAAAUCAGUUAACCAAAAGUAUUUUUUUUGUUUUGAAUUUUAUACACAAGGAUGUACAUACACAGACAAAGAAUGUUAGAACAUCUCAGUAAAACUUGACAUUCAUUAGCCUCAAUGUUGUAAUUUUUUUGAAAGGUUUAAACGCAUAUCAACCACAUCGCACACCUGACACAAUCUUUUUCCACACAAAUCAACAUUGCCUGCAAAUAAACCCUUUGAGACAUCAA